AUGGAUUGUGUGAGCCCAAUCUUGGAUGUUGUCACUCGCGUAUGGAACUUCACAGCCAAGCAUGCCGGCUACAUCCAGGAUCUGCAGGAAAAUAUGGACUCGUUAAGAAACGCAAUGCAGGAGCUGAAGAACGCAUACCAGGAUGUGAAGGGAAGAGUUGAACUUGAAGAUCAACGGCAAAUGAAGCGCACAAAUGAAGUGGACGGCUGGCUCCAUAGCGUCCUAGCCAUAAACUGCCGGUCCAGCUACAAGCUUGGGAAGAAAGCGAGUAAAAAGCUGGGUGCUGUGACUGAAUUAAGGAACAAGGGACGCUUUGAUGGUGUGGCAGAGAGGUUAGCUCAAGCUCCAGUGGAUGAGAGGCCGGUGAAGAAGACUGUGGGCCUAGAUCUGAUGUAUCCAGAGGAAGUCAUUCGCAACAAAUUAGACAUCCCGGAUAAUAGAUGGAGAAAUAGAAGUGAAGACGAGAAGGCAGUAGAAAUUUUCAAUGUCUUGAAGGCGCAAAGGUUUGUGUUGUUGUUAGAUGAUGUAUGGAAACGACUUGAUCUCCAAAAGUUGGGGGUUCCUUCUCCUAAUUCCCAAAACAAGUCUGAAGUAAUAUUAACAACCCGAUCUCUGGAUGUUUGUCGUGAUAUGGAAGCUCAAAAAAAUAUUAAGGUGGAGUGUUUGACACAAGGGGAGGCUAUUAAUUUGUUCAAGAAGAAGGUUGGAGAGACUACUCUAAAUUCACAUCCAGAUAUACCACAACUCGCUGAAAUUGCUGCUAAAGAGUGCAAAGGUCUACCACUUGCACUCGUUACUAUUGGGCGAGCUAUGACCGGCAAGAACACACCACGAGAAUGGGAGCGAGCAAUACAAAUAUUGAAGACUUAUCCAUCAAAGUUUUCAGGUAUGGGUGAUCAUGUAUUUCCGGUCCUGAAAUUCAGUUAUGAUAACUUGCCAAAUGACACCAUCAGGGCUUGUUUUUUAUAUCUUGCCAUAUUCCCAGAAGACUACGAAAUUAUAGAUGAUGAUCUUAUAUUUCUCUGGAUUGGAGAAGGGUUUUUGGAUGAAUUUGACAACAUAGCUGAAGCAUAUAACCAAGGGCAUGAUAUCAUUGAGCAUCUAAAGACAACAUGUUUAUUGGAGAGCGUUGGAUUUGAUCAAGUCAAGAUGCAUGAUAUUAUUCGUGCUAUGGCUUUGUGGUCCUCUGUCCUUUCAAAAGUUACGAAGCUCUCAAAAAUUGCAAAAUGCUAUAAGGCGUUUAGGCCUUGGGAACUUGGAAGAUAUGACCUUUCUCCAAUUGCCUAG